AUGAACAUGUUGAAACGUUCAGUUUGGCAUAUAUUUCAGGCUAAAGAUGGUCAUAUUCAAUCAAAAAGCAUUUUGAAAGCAGACGAUAAAAUUAUUUCAGAGAUUUUCAAAGAUGAAGAUGGAAAAACAAACGAACAAACAACCCUUAAAUGGUCUAGUACAGAGACUAAAAAGAAACCUCAAUUAGGAGGAAUAAUUAUGGCAGUGACAUCAGCUGUGUUGAUAUGUAUAGCGAUUGGAGCAAACCUCGUUGUUAUCUUGAAAUCUCAACAAGAAAAGAGAUUAGCUAUGAGGAACAGAUGUAAUAACCAAUUUGAACUAACAGCCAUGGAUGAGUGUGAGCAAGGAUUACUUCAAGAUGACUUAUUUGAUCAGUAUAUAAAAGAAAUAAAAAAAUUACAAGAUGAUGAGGACAAAACUAAAUACUGUGCACUUUUUCUUUUAAUUGUGUAUAAUGGAUGUUUAAGCAAGAAAGUGUUAACAUCAGAUGGUGCAUCUAGAAGGGGAGAUAUACUUAAAGAAUUUGGCAUAUUUGACACAAGUAUACUUUACAUAUUUGAACAGUUGAAAGCUCAUGUUUAUUUUUUUGUGAAAGCAACUAGAUACAUUACCACUAAGUUAAAUACAUAUGAUGAAUUUGUCCCAAUAGAUGACAAAAUGUUUGAUUUUGUCUGUUUUUAUUAUGGUAAGCAUAACCAAAGAACAUUUAUUAAGUUUUCACAUACUAAGAUAUUGAAUGGACGAACACAGUUUGUCUCACUACAAGAAAAGUCUGACGGAUUAACAGUCAUGAUAACGCGUAAUAAUGAAAAUGCUUAUUUCAAUAGAAUUGUUAAUGACUUGUUGAAGGGAUGUGUCACUGAAGUAGUUUACAACCAGCAAAUGAAGUUCCCGACAUACAGAUCAGCUUUGAUUAACUUUAUGGAAAAUCUUGACGCCCACACAAAAUUAAAAGUAGUAAAUGCUGCUAGCACUGAGAGUGGUUCGACUUUCUUCAUGUAUGCAUAUUGCGAGAGUUAUGAUGACAUAACACAAUUUUUAAUUAAGGAAAAUGCAGAUACUGAUAUAGCAAAUUUUGAGGGACAAAGUACGAUGAGAAUUGCAUGUUACGAUAAGCAGCUAGAAACUGUUGAUAUCUUUUUAAAGAAUGGGGCAAAUCCCAAUGCUUGCUUUGAUGAUGGAUGGACCCUUCUUACUGAAUCCUGUUACGCUGGUAAUUUAGAGAUAGUUAAAUUGUUGAUAAAUGCAGGUGCAGAAGUCAAUCAUGUCAAUGGAAAUGGAGAUACUCCUGUAACGUCAUGUGUUGUUUUGGGGCAUUUCGAAGUUAUGAAGCUGCUGACUGACAAUGGAGCUACAUUGAAUACCUCUAACAAGUUCGGCGUUAAUUCAUUGACCUCAGCAUGUUUCUAUGGACAUAUCAAACUAGUUAGAUUUCUUAUAUCUAAGAAUGUCGAUAUAAAUGAAGCAGACGCAAAUUCCUGGACACCGUUGAUGUAUGCUUCCUUAUUUAAUCAUAAUAAUAUUAUGAACCUACUGUUAGCAAAUGGAGCAAACAACAAUGCAUUUGAUAAAAAUCAAUGGACAUCACUUAUGAAAAAAAUCUAA